AAUGUUUACAGAGGAAAAGGAGAAGAAAGCAAAGUAUGGAUCAGUCGUCUUUGUGUACUGCUUCUUCUGUGUUGUUUUGGUUGUGGGACUCGUGAGAAUCGCAAAGCCUUACGAUAACUUUAAGCAAAACCUAAUGGAGGCAGAAGCAGCAGUAGAAGAAGGAUUCUUGGGUGCCACGUACUCAUCAAGGAAUUUGCCAUGCAACGCCCAUAAAUCUCGCUCUGACUCAGUUCCUGCUCAAAAUCAAGAGAAGCUCUCAGCACAAACGAGUUACUUCUACAGGCAGCUUCCUCCAAAUUCUUACUGCGUGCAGUUCGAUUCUUUUGCGACCAUGUUGAAACAGGUCAAUACUGGCAAGUACGAGUCACGCCCUUUCUCCAUUGGUGGAUACAAUUGGUCGCUUCUGAUCUACCCGAACGGGAACAAGCAAGAUAACGUGAAUGGAUACAUUUCGGUUUACGCUAGAAUCCAUAACUCAAGCUUAAUGACCAAUGAGGUGAAUGCAGAGAUCAAGUUCUUCAUAUACAGUAAGAUUAAAGACCAGUACUUAACAUUCCAAGACAAUGAGCCACAGCGAUUUCAUAUGUUCAAACCACAGUGGGGAAUCCCAACCAUGAUCUCGCUUUCGUCUUUUUUGACGACGACAAAUGGGUUCGUUUUCGACGGCGGACGAAGUGUGUUUGGCGUUGACGUCGUCGUUACUGAACCUUUCAAGAAAUGGGAAGUUUUCUCUAACGAAGAAAACAUUCGAGACCCUAUUUACUGUUGGAAGAUCACUCAAUUCUCCACCCUCGAUCGUAACUCUUACACUUCUGGUUCGUUUUCUUGCGGAGGAAGAAACUGGGUGUUGAAAGUGUAUCCAAAUGGAGUUGGGUCUGCAACGGGUAAUUCGUUGUCACUUUUUUUGUUGAGUGCGUCAAAUGAAACAGAUUACGUGCGAGCCAAGUUACGAGUUCUUGACCAAAUCCGAUUUACCCAUUUGGAGAAACAAUUGGAGGGAUGGCCCAAUGCAACAGAAAACGGAUGGGGUUUGGACAAGUUUGUAACUCUCGCAGAUAUCAAAAACGCAACCAAAGGUUUCCUCGUCAACGAUACCCUCAAAGUUGAAGUCGAGAUCUUGUCCUUCUCUAAAACCGACUUCUUCUCUCUUUAGGGCUUAAUCAAGCUGAAAUCGAGAUCGUGUGUUUUUUUUUUCCGUAUGUUAACCGGAGAUAUAUAGUAAUAGGUCAAAGAAGCCAGACUAG